AUGGGAUGUACACCUUCCCACAGUGAUAUUGUUAACAGCGUUGCUAAGAGUGGCAUCCAGUUUUUUAAAAAGCCCAAAGCAAUUCUGCCAGGACAUCAGGGGGCCAGUGAAAGUUGCUCCCUCCCUUUGCUGGUUCAGAGCUCCACCUGCUAUGACUCUGGAGGGGGCUUGUCCCGAGGACAGAGGCCAACAGAAGAGCUGCCAAGUCCCAGGUGGACCCAAAGCGAGGCUGAAAGCCUUGGUCAGCUCACCAGAGAUCCCACUUCAGGCGAAAGGAAAGCUAUGGAAGGACUGAUUGCAGAAACCAAAACCUCCCCAUCCCAGCUGACCAAACCACAAAGCUACCUGGCUACAGACAUUCCAUUCAAGAGACAGAGCUCCCACGAGUCACAGGCAGCAGCCUCUUCUGGGGAAGAGAGUGAAGAAAGGAAUACCCAGGAGACCUCCAAAUGGGAAAAGAGGACAAAAUGUCACAGGUCGGGCAAACAGGGCCUCUACGGCCAAACUAUCCUUUCUGCCCGUGAGUCUGAGGACAAAGUAGACUUCCCCGAGCCCCUGGUGAGGGCCCACCAGCACGCUUACACCUAUCUGCACUCCUGCCUCUCCAAAUAUGAAGCAAUGCUGAGCAUUACCCAUCGCGCCACCCAGACCCAGGAGCUGCUGCAGCCCAUGGUCAGCUUCCUCUUGCUGUGCUUUGAUGAGGUCAACCAGCUCUUGGGGGAGAUAUCCAAGGAUGGAGAAGUGCUUCUCCAGGAAGUUAGAGAGGAUCUGGCUUGGCCGUUGAGGAAAGGAGAGCCUCAGGAGCAGCCAGAUCUCCUGCAGCAGCUUCUGCAGUACACAGUCAGCAAGCUGCAGGUGCUCAGCGGCACGGUGGCCUCGCUCACUGGCAGCCUCCUGGAAGGCUCCAGCCGCUACCUCCAGGCCACUGCAAGCCACCUGGGGACUAGGCUGAGCAUGAAGAGGGCUGUGGAUGAGCGCCUCCAAAGGGCUCUGGGGCAACUGGAGAGCUUGGCGAGCGGCCACAGCAACCCUGAAGUGCAGGGUCUACCCUUGUGCUCUGAGGACAGUGGUAUUGGUGCUGACAGUGAGUUUGUGCAGCUGGCGGACAAGCCGGGCAAGCAAGCCAACUGGGACUUAGUGCCAGAGCCUGCAGAGUGGAAGCCCGUGGGUUCACCCACAGUGGAGGCCAGGCUGUCGGGACACACUUGGCAGCAAAGUCCAUUCCAGAUGGGUUCAGACAGACCCCAGGACUGCCCACUCUCAAGGCCUCCUACAGCCAAGGUUCAGCCAGCAGCACAGGGUGGAUCAGGGAGCCCCUGGCCUUCUAACACAGGCCGGGAAAAUACCACCUCCAGGGCUUGGGGGCUGGACCACGGUACCCUGUGUGAUUCCCUGGGGAUUGGAAUCUCCAGGGAAGCCCAUUUAUCAAAAGGCUCUGGGUUGAUGGAUACUCCAUCCCUCAGUGAAGGUGAGGACAGCAGCCCAGAGGAGGAAGAUGAAGAGAGUUAUGUGAGUCCACGUGCGCGGCAGGAAAACGCUUCUCAUCCAAGGCCACAGUCAUCACCUGCUGGUGCCGAAAGCCCACUGCAGCCACACCCCAGGAGGCUUAGGAGCCCCCAGGCCCAGGAAAUGAUUCUGAAGAUGAAGGCAGCAAUCAGUGAAAGGAUUAAGUUUGUCCCUGUGCCCUCUGAGCACCAGGACUGGACUGAGGAAGAGGAGAGGACCACGGUCCCCCCGAGACCUAGCACAGCCAGUGGCAGCAGGAGGGCCCCCUCGAGGCAGAGGAGGUCCCAGUCAGAGGGGUGUCUUAAAAGCCACAAGGAGGACCCCACCCUCCAGGAGCUGCGGAGGGUCCAGAGAGACCUCAGCCAGAGGCUGGAUGCGUUUUACACCCUGGGCACAGGACGGCAGGGGCAGAGCAAGGAGCAGGUUCUACAGCCCAGAGCGGCGGUGCCGAGGCCCGACAACUACUACAGGGAUACCCCGAGCACCACCAUCAGCAGGCUGAAGGCGUCCCUCACCAAGAACUUCAGCAUUUUGCCAAGUCAGGACAGGAGCAUCUUGCAGAAAUGCCAUCCCCGCCCUGAGGGCGAACAGCCCCGGCAGGGAAAAGCUGAGGGGCUUCCAAAUGUCAUCCCAUCAGGUGAGAGGGCCAGUGAGGCCCCCAGGGCCAGGGACUGGAACAUCAGCAGCUGUCCCACCAGAACAUCAGUCAAGAAACUCAUCGAAACUUUCAGUCCCACAGACAGUCCGAGGACGCUGGGGGAUUCCAAGGACUCUGGGCCGAGCCCCUGCCUCAGGAAGUGGGGGGUCCCCGCCAUGCCUCCCAGAUUCCCUAUUUACAGAGGGCUUGCCCCUUUGUAUCCAAAGUUCAGAAUUUCUCCAGCAGCUGGUGGAGAUUCUCUCCGGAUGGGAGAAAAUCUCUCUGGAUUUGCUCCCAUUUUUCCCCCUCUGCUUACAGCAGAAGCAUCCAAGAGUGAGGACCUCAACUGUGAGACAGAGGACAACCCAGAGCAUCUCCCUCCACCUCCUCUGGAAAUCCUGAUGGACAAAUCGUUUACUUCUCUGGAGCCCCCAGAAAGCAGCAAGCUAGUGGAGAGCUCCCUUGAAGGUACCCACGUGCCAGGGCUGGGAGGAGCUGGCCCUGCCCAGAGAAUGUGGGCUUCCCCAAAGCUAAGAGCCUCCAUGAGCCCUGCUGACCUGCUGCCCAGCAAGAAUGCUGCCACCCUCACCAGGGCCCGCAGCGCAGAGCCAAGGAGCAGUAAGGGCGGCUGCAGCCCCGGAAAGCUGGCCUUGGACCUCAGCCACCCGACAGCAACCACUGGAAACCCAGACGCGCAGGGCGGCAGGGCUCAGAGUCAGGAACGAGUGGACAGGGCCACAAGCCUCUCCAGGCGUCCCCAGAAGGCCGUGCACUGGCACCGCUCCAGCCACACAUCUGGGCAGAACAGGGUCUCAGAGCCCAGCCUGGCCAGACCAGGGCGAGGGCCACAUUCUCCUGAGGCCCCAAGGCAGAACCAAGACAGAAGCCCCGCGCUGGUCAGGAAAGCCUCUCCCACAAGGGCUCACUGGACACCCAGAGUGGACAAGAGGCACUCAAGCCUGCCUUCCUCUCACAGACCUGCCCAGACAAGUGUCCCCUGUGUGCAUGGGUCCCCCAGCCCACCACUCAGCCCUCCAGUGAGCCCCAGGGUGCUAAGUCCCCCAUCAGUUAAGAAACGAGCCUCCCCUCCCCCCCAGCACAAGCUGCCCAGUCCUCCCUCGGCAAGCCCACCCCCUCAGCACAAGUCCUCCAGCCCCCCUUCUCAGUGCACAGAAGCCAGUUCCCCUGCUUCUGGCCCUUCCCCAUCUCCCCCAGUGUCUCCCAGUCAGGGGCCCAAGGAAACCAGAGAUUCUGAAGACAGUCAAGCAGCCACAGCCAAAGCAUCUGGGAACACAUGUUCUAUUUUCUGUCCAGCCACCUCCUUUCUGUUUGAAGCUAAAUCGCCAUUCUCAACAGCACACCCACUUACCCCACCAUCGCUGCCACCGGAAGCUGCCAUCCCUCGUGGGACCCUCAUGGCGGGUUUCUGGAGGAGCAGCUCAGGGCCACGACUGAGGGCGGACUCCCAGCGAGGGACAGCUCUGUGCUCCCUCAACCCUCAGCCUUUCAUCAGAAGGACGGCUUCUGACCGCCGGCCGGGUGUCUGCCUUCACCUGCCUGCCACGGGCGCCACCAGCAACACUUGUGAAUCCCAGCUUGGCCAGAGCAGCAGCAGUGAGGACAGCCCCAAGGACACAGAGCCAUGGAAGAACCCCUGUGCCCCAGAGCUGAAGGGCAGCAGCAGGGGUGCACCGCCCCCCGAGCUCUGCGUGCUGGGCCACGGGCUGCAGCGGGAGGCCAGCGCUGGCCACGCCCAGGACAAGCCCCAGCAGAAGGAAGUGGCCUGA